GCCGCCGCCGUGGACGCGCUCGCGCUCUGGUACCGCAGCGCUCUGCCUCGCUACCUGAACGAGUACCGGCCGAAAGACAUGUUUAACAUCAAGGAGACCGGGCUGCUCUACCAGAUGCUGCCCCAUAGCACGUUCUCCUUCAGAGGGGAAGCCUGCUCUGUCGGCGAGCUCAGCCGAGAGAGGGUAACCGUUGUGGUGGGCACGAACGCAGACGGCUCCGAGAAGCUUCCUCUGCUUGUUAUUGGGAAGAGCAGAAGCCCGCGCUGCUUCAGAGGUGCAAAGUCACUCCCGGUGGAUUAUGAAGCGAAUGAGAUGGCCUGGAUGACCACAGAGGUGUUUGAGCAGUGGGUGCAUAAACUCGAUGAGCGAUUUCAAGCACAGCAGCGGCGAGUUGUCAUUUUUGUGGAUCCGCUGCCGGCUCACUCAGAGGUGAAGGGCCUGAAGGCUGUUGAGCUGGUGCUGUUGCCUCCAGACGCUUCCUCCUGUAUCGCUAUGCAGCACGGGGUCAUCAGAAGCCUGAAAGUUAAAUACAGGCACUGCCUGAUCAAGAGAUUCAUUGACUGCGUGGUAAGCAAUAAAGAGUUUGUGUUAACUCUUCUUGAUGCAGUUGAGAUGUUGCAGCUGUGCUGGAGAAAAAUCGCUCCAGAGACUAUAAUUAAAAGUUAUAAGGAAGCAGGAUUCCAGCUAGAAACAGAGGAAAGUGGUAAGAAAGACAUGGAGGUUGAAAGUGACUGUGAUGUGAUUGCACAUGCGCUGGCAGCAGGAGUGGAGUUCCCGGAGGGUUUAUCCUUGGAGGAAUAUGCAACUUUAGAUGAUGGUCUGGCAACCUGUGACAUGUCCACAAGUUAUGAAAGGGUGUUUCGAAGUGUCAAAGACAGCACUUCAGGUAAAGCUGGGACAUUUGGUGAUGAUGAAGGUGAUUAUGAAGGAUCUCUGGCAGCCGAGCAACCUUUGCCAUCAAAAGAAGAGGCUCUGAGUGCUUUAGAUACCCUCCGAAGGUUUCUCAGGAGUCAAAACAUGAAUGAUUCUCUUUGUGAUUCCGUAGCCCUCCUGGAGGAUUUUAUUCAACACGUAGCAUGUAAAUAA